AUGCUUCACCCACGGCUGUCCUUUUGGCUUGCUCCUAAGAGACUUCUCGCUGUGAUCCUUGCACUGACUGUGAUUGGCGUGCUUGAGGCUUCUUUCCUAUUGCUUCAAGAUAAUUUCAGAGGAUUUAAAGGGACCACCCGUGGAUCUGAGCACUUUUUGACAAUCGUCAAUGCAGAUAACUGGUUAUAUCCAAAACGCCGCGAAACAGUUCGACAACUUGCAAAGCUUACGAACUCGUAUAUUUCACAUCCUGUCAAUUCCAGCGUUGGCCUUGUGCUUUCAUCAAUAAAAAAAGAUGACUUGACCUGGCUUAAUGAUUAUUGUAAUGAGAUGUCAGUCAUCCACCGCUCAUCUACGUCCCCCGAGUCAGGACUUCUUCUUCCGUUCACACGUCGCGGCCGAGAAACAGCCGCCUACUUAUCCUAUGUCGUCGACUUCUACGACCAACUUCCAGAAUACUCCAUUUUUAUUCAUGCAUACCCAGAACAGUGGCAUAACGAUAUCUUGGGACCAUACACUCAUAAUACGCUGAAACAUAUCCGUUUUGAGGCCGUGGAUGUCCACGGCUAUGUCAACCUUCGCUGCGAACUAAACCCCGGGUGUCCAACAAGCAUUUUCCCCUUGAGCCCAUCUCAGGCCGACAUAGAUGCACACGACAUCCGCGCCUCGUUCUCAGAUGCAUAUCAAGAAAUUUUUAGUGUACCAAUUGACAAAGUGCCUGUGGAACUAGGAAAUGUGUGCUGUGCGCAAUUUGCCGUGAGUCGAAAAAGAAUUCUAGAACGACCUCGAGAAGAUUAUAUGCGGAUGUUAGAAUGGGCGGCCACGACAAAAAUGACCGAUGAUUUUGGAGUGGGCUGGGUGAUGGAGAAACUUUGGCACAUUAUAUUCGGGAUGGAUGCAGUCCAGUGA